AUGGGAUUAAUGAGCAAACUGCGUCCGAACGUCGGCCAGCAUUUCCAGGACCAACAUGCGAUCCGACACAACAGCGAAGAUCUGGUGGACACGCCCAUCCCGCUCGUAACAUGGCGGUCCUUCGUCAUGGGCAUUUUCGUGUCGAUGGGAGGAUUCACCUUCGGCUACGAUACCGGCCAGAUCUCAGGGUUUCUGGAAAUGGACGACUUUCUGCGCCGCUUUGGGCAGUUGCAAGAGGACGGGACUUAUCAUUUCUCUAAUGUUCGCGCCGGUUUGAUAGUUGCUUUGCUUUCCAUUGGAACCCUGAUGGGAGCACUUGUCGCAGCACCGAUUGCAGACCGGAUCGGUCGGAAAUGGUCCAUCAGUGUAUGGUGCGUCUUGGUCUGUGUUGGGAUCACAGUCCAGAUCUCAUCGCCGUUUGGGAAAUGGUAUCAAGUUGCGGUGGGUCGCUGGGUUGCAGGCUUGGGAGUAGGAGGGCUGUCCCUUCUCGUACCGAUGUACCAAGCAGAAACUGGACCAAGACAUAUCAGAGGAGCCCUCGUCAGCACGUACCAACUCUUCAUAACCCUGGGCAUCCUCAUCGCAAACAUCAUCAACUUCGGCACCGAAAGAAUGACCAACACGGCCUCCUGGCGCAUCCCAAUGGGAAUCACCUACCUCUGGGCCAUCGUGCUAGGAGCAGGAAUCGCCUUCUUCCCCGAGAGCCCUCGCUACGACUACCGCCACAACAAACCCGACAGGGCCAUGACCACUCUGUCCAAAAUGUACGGUAUCCCGCGGAACCACCGCGCCCUGCGCAUCGAAUUCGACGAAAUCCAGGAAAAGUACCAGCUCGAGGUCGAGCGCGGGCAGGCGUCCUGGGUGCAACUCUUCCGGGCUCCGAGGAUGUCGUACCGCGUGGGCGUUGGUGUCGCCCUGCAAGCAUUGCAGCAGCUUACAGGCGCCAAUUACUUCUUCUACUACGGGACGACUGUCUUCCAGGGCGCGGGGAUUGAGAACUCAUACGUCACGCAGAUGAUCCUGGGCGGGGUGAACUUCGGGACGACAUUCCUGGGUCUGUACCUGAUUGAGAACUAUGGAAGGCGACGGUCGUUGAUUGCCGGUGCGCUGUGGAUGUUCGUUAUGUUUAUGGUUUUUGCCUCUGUGGGGCAUUUUGAACUCGAUAAAGAGGACCCGUCAAGGACGAAGACGGCGGGUGUUGUCAUGGUGGUCUUUGCGUGUCUUUUUAUAUUGGGCUUCGCCUCUACCUGGGGCCCUAUGGUCUGGACUAUAAUAGCGGAAUUAUAUCCCAGCGAAUACCGCGCCAGAGCAAUGUCGCUCGCAACAGCCUCGAACUGGCUGUGGAACUUCCUAUUGGCAUUCUUCACACCAUUCAUCACGGGGGCCAUCGAUUUCCGAUACGGGUAUGUCUUUGCAGGGUGUCUGUUCCUAGCUGCGGGCCUGGUCUACUUUGCCGUCAUUGAAGGGCGGGGGAGGACACUGGAGGAGAUUGAUACCAUGUAUGUGAUGAAGGUGAAGCCGUGGAAGAGCUCCAAGUUUGUCUUCCCCGAGGAGGAUGAGGGGAAUGGGCGCUCGACUUCGCCUCAGGAGAAAAAGAGUUCGUCUCAUGAUGGGCCGCAAAGGGAGUGGCAGCAUGCGGAGGGCGUUGCUGAGCAUGUUUGA